AUGCCUGGAGCAGUGUGUCAAGAUCCUCGUUUCGUUGGUGGUGACGGCAUCACUUUCUACUUUCAUGGAAAAAAGGAUCAAGAUUUCUGCCUUGUUACCGAUAACAACCUCCACAUCAAUGGCCACUUCAUUGGCAAGAGAAACAAAAACAUGGGUAGAGACUUUACCUGGGUCCAAUCUGUUGGGGUUCUUUUUGACAACCACAAAGUACAAAUCAGUGCGCAAAAGACUUCCUCUUGGGAUGACACCGUUGACCGAAUCUCUAUUACAUUUGAUGGGGAAAACAUCUAUCUCCCAAAAACCGAAGGUGCCAAAUGGCAAUCUUCUACGACAUCAAUUACUAGGACACAUGACACCAAUCAUAUCGUUGUUGAAGUUGAAAACCUCUACAAGAUCAUAGCCAAAGUGGUUCCGAUAACAAAAGAAGAAUCAAGAAUCCAUAAGUAUGAUAUGACCAACGAUGAUUGCUUUGCCCAUCUUGAUCUCAAGUUCAAGUUCUUCUCCUUGAGUAACCAAGUGGACGGAGUUCUGGGACAGACUUAUAGGAAUGACUAUGUGAGCAAGGUGAAGAUGGGGGUGUUAAUGCCUGUGAUGGGAGGAGAUAGUAAGUUUGUGAGUACAAAUUCAUUUGCGACUGAUUGUUCUGUUGCAAAGUUUAAGAGUAUCCAGGAAGACGGUUCCUCAUUCAGCUUGCAGUUGCCAAGCUUGAGCUGCGAAAACGGUAUAGAAGGGCGAGGUGUCGUAUGCAAGAGAUAG